AUGAACCAUUUUCCUGGAAAUCUGUGGAAAUGGCAAUGGCCGUUGGUGAAAUAUUCGUGGAGCUGCACACCCUAUUAUCUUUUUACUAGUAUAUUGUUAACGAGUAGUUUGAUUGGCGCAAUCACCUAUCUGUACACGACUUCUAAACGAUCAUCUCGCAAUGCAUUUCGAGCACUUACUAAUGCCAGCGGACAGUGUGUUCCAUCAAUGUUUAAUCUGGGUAACACAUGCUUUGCUAAUUCAUUGUUGCAAGGCCUUGCAAGCUCAAAGACUUUUUUUAAAUGGAUUCAAACGAUUGAUACUGGAUUUGCUUAUGAAGGUCACAAAUUGGUGUUUUUGGUUGCUUUGAAACGAAUUAUUGAAGAGUUGAAUGACACCACAAAAGAGACAUGUUCCGCCUCAGAUGUAAUCGAUGCUUUGCUAGCACAUAGAUGGUCUAUACCACCGAAUACGGAGCAGGAUUUAUAUGAAUUAUUCAAUGUGUUCGUUACAACAUGGGAUGAAGAGUUGGCAGAACUGCGGCAUAUUCGUGAAUCACCCUUGCAGAAAAUCGUUGAAAUCGAGCAGGAAAAUAAGAAAUCGUUGAGUUCAGCGGUCAUUGAUAAGGAGCCUUUAACGAACACGAUCAAUAUAACUCGCCGGAGUAUUGGUGAUUCGGCAUAUGUGGAAGACAGUAAGAAAAUUCAUGCCAGUGUUUCUCGUAAUAAUACUACUUUGAGCUCAUCCAUUGACCCUUACUCUUCGUCGCAUACCUCACUGUCAUUUGAGCAUGUGAAGAAUGCUGUAGCAGAUGAGAAACUAUUUAAACCGCCGUGCAUGGGUUUGUUAGCUGUUCAAUUGCGUUGCUGUAAAGAAGACUGUCUUUAUAAGAAAAUUCGCGAAGAAAAAUUUUGUGCUUUAUCACUUUCUUUUCCGAAAUCCCCUACUCCGUUGCUGACAUUUUCAAAAUUACUGGAAAGGUAUUUUGCCCCUGAAUACAUCCAAGGUGCAUCAUGCGACCGAUGCUUGGAAAGGAAGAAAGAUUCGUCCGGUGGAUUAAUGAAAAAACAAGGAUUUUGUAAGUUGCCGUCUUUAUUGAUAUUUCGUAUCGAGCGAGUUGGAUUUUCUCCCAAUGGAUAUGUUUUCAAACGUAUUGAACGUUUUUUGGUUCCUGAAUUCAUUGAUCUCGAAGAAUACUGUUUCUUCAGCGAACAAAAAAAGCCAAGACAAACAAAAGAUUCAUUAUCAAAUUCCUAUUUUCGAGUUUUGGGCGGUUCAGCUUUAAAUACGGCAUCUGCUAUCCCAGAAGCCAAAAAACAGCCUCAACAAAGCAUGCAGCUGUCUUUAGUUAGAAGUGGGACAAAUUUUCGUGAAUGUGAUAGUAUGUUCAAAUAUAAGUACCAGUUGCGUGCUGUUUCUGCACAUAUUGGACAAGCUCAUUCGGGUCAUUUUAUUACUUACCGUAGGGGAAUCGGCGUUCAGAAUCGAUCUACUUGGUACAAAACGAGCGACACGGAGGUGAUGCCAGUACCGUUCGCAGAGGUGGCAUCAUCAGAAGCAUAUAUGCUCUUCUACGAUCGUGCUCUAACUAUGUUAAAUUAAACAUGGAAAGGUCCAGGAAAAGAACAUUCAUAGUGUGUACACGUUUAUGUGAGGGUCAGAUUAGUCAUUUUUAUAUUUUUUGCUGGGUAACUCAUUUCUGUCAGAAACAUUUAUCUUGUUUUAUUCCAAGAUGCAAAAACAUACCUUCGAAAAGUACGAAACUUCGCUUCGCUUUUUUUCUUGCUUUUUUACUGCAUAUAAUAUUGCAGUAGUUGUAGACAAAAUCCUUUUAGAUAAUUGUUUUAUAAGCAGGCUUGUGAAUUUCGAUGUUUAACACCUGUAUUUUGAAUCAUUUUGCUUUACUGUUGUAUUAUUUAUUGUUAGGAAGCGGGUUGCUGCUUGACUGAGUUACAUUUCUUUGUUAUUCUGAUGCUCAAGUAUUCAAAAGAAGUAUAAGUGAUGGCAACCUUUUCUAUCUGCAGUAUAUAACAGGAAGCCAUUCCAUACUGCAGUUCGGCAUCACUUCAUCUCUUUCUCUGAAAUGUAUAUAUCGUUAUAUUAAUAAUAAGUGAGGCUGAGAUAUGUUGUUUUUAUCCUUUCAUUUUAAACUGUGAGCAAUAAUUAUUAUGUCUGGCACAUAUGCAUUCUUUUUGUUCCAGUUGUUUAAAGUUAAUUAUGGUGUUCAUUUUCAUUCGUCAAAUUCGGGUUUACCACUGCAGAAUUUUGGUAAAUUUUAACACUCUGGACCAUUAUUCUCUCUUUCUGGAGAUUUUAGUUGUUUUGUUUCAAGUAGAUAUUUCCAUCAUGAAAAACGUUUUGAAUGCAUCUUUUACUCAUUAACUGCAAAUAAAAC